UGAGAGUUUAAACAAACCAGAGAGGCCGGCCGAGCGGAGCUCUCACACACACACACUCACACACACACACACACACACACUCACACACACACACUCAUACAGCUGUUGGGAGCUUGAGGGAAACUGCUGAGCUUUCACCCGGAGAGCGGAGCUGAGGAAGGUUUGUGAGAGGAGGAACCUCACCAUUGUGGUUUGAUAAAAAUUGAGACGCGGCUGAUUGAAGAGGAGGCCACCAAGCUGGAGGAUUGGGGAUUGAACCAGCCAGACCUUUGUCCUCGGAGCGUCUCCCUCUCAGAGCUUAGAGGCCGCCUCGCGUCUCCCAGAGGACCACCACCGGCCGACCUUCUACCGAUGGAAGCGCCGACCCUGGCUGAGAUGGGAGACCCGUGUCACCUUCGCUCCCGCUCUCCGGAGGGGGAGACGGUGUGCGCGGCUCUGGCCCGUUACGAGACCACCCUCCGGGACGCCAUCAGGGAGAUCCACGUGGACGUCAGCGCUUUCAAGCUGGGCAUGGAGCGCCGCCUGGAGGAGACGGCCGACCCCGGUGGCCCCCUCGGUCGAGCCGUGGCUCAGCUGCAGCAGGAGAACCAACAGCUCAGGGGUCAGCUGGAGGCGCUGAGCCUGCAGGUGGAGCUCCUGAGUGGGAUGGCGUGCGACAGGAGCGCCUUGCUCAACAACAACAACAACCACCACAGUCAGAACCACAAGAAUCACCUGAGUGACAUUCAGGAGAACCACCAGGAGGUAAAAGAGGCGGUGUACGGGAAGGGUGAGGCUCUCCUCCACGUCCAGCCCUGCAGCCCGGGGGUCCAGGCCCAGAGCCACGGGGGCCCCGGCAGUCAGUCCGGUCCCGCGUCCCCGCCCGUCUUCUCCUCGGGGAGUCCUCCCGCGGGCUCCAGGGCUUCCUCCGUGGCGACGGGCCCCGCGGCGAGCGGCAGCCCCUCCGCCGCUCGCUUCUCCAGCCGAGCCACGUUCGCCGUGUCCAGCAAGACAAACAGCAUUGAGCGGGAGGAGCCGAUAGAGGUGGACCCCACCCCGGGCCUCGACACAGUACAUUCGGAGGUGAUGCUGGGAAAGAUCUCCUCGCCCAACGACUUCCCACACCAGCACACGGCCCCCGUGGCCACGAGGAUGCCCCACCUGCCCGUCACCGCGACAACCAAGACGGCAGAAACGAGGUGCCCCGACUCUCCCAGCAGCCCCGUUGGCUCUCGUUCCCCUCCGCCUGGCCAGGCAUCGGCUGCCGGCCAAUCGGCUGCCAGCACCAACCAGAGCCAACCAAUAGAGGAGCCUCCAGUCCAGCCAGUGCCGUCCACGUGGACUCCUACGCCAAUCAGAGCUCUGGGUUCCCCCCGCCUCCAAGAGAAGGCUAAGUCGGUCCCGCCCAAGUCCGUGAGCUACUCGGGGCUUUCGCAGCAUGACAGAGACGUCGACGUGAGCAGCGACGGGCCCUGCGGCCGUGCGACAGAGAGGAGGCGGGAGCUGGUGAGGUCGCAGACUCUGCCGCGCAGCAUUGGCGCUCAGGCCCGCCGAUCCAUCUUCGCCAGGCUGGACUGCGAGGCCGGUGCCGGGCGCCCCACACCGCUGGACUCCAAACCCACGCUGAAGAGGUCUCAGAGCUUCGGGGUGUCCAGCGCCAGCGGCAUCAAACAGAUCCUCCUCGAGUGGUGCCGCUCCAAGACCAUCGGCUACCAGAACAUUGAAAUUCAGAACUUCUCGUCCAGCUGGAGCGACGGGAUGGCCUUCUGCGCCCUGGUGCACUCCUUCUUCCCCGCCGAGUUCGACUACAGCGCGCUGACGCCCGCCGGCCGCAAGCACAACUUUGAGCUGGCCUUCGGAACCGCAGAGGAGAAGGCCGGCUGCGACCGGCUCAUCGAGGUGGAGGACAUGAUGAUCAUGGGUCGUAAACCGGACCCCAUGUGCGUCUUCACCUACGUCCAGUCGCUCUACAACCACCUGCGCAAGUUCGAGUGAAGCCUUCCACCUCCUCUUCCAUCUCCUCCGGAUCAGACUUGGAGCGGGUUGGAGAAGGACCACGCUGCCCCCUGGUGGUGGACGCGCCUCAGGACACUGACUCGUGGAGAUGAUUCUGUUUGUGACGUGGAGCUGCGGUGGAGAAGAGGAGUUGACCACAACAGCCCGGCCUCGUUUGUCAACACUAGCUUUUCUUUUUUUUUUAUAUACGUUUAGUUCGAGAUAAGACUGCAACCGUUGUAUCCGUCUUUAUCGCCACCGCACGCGUUUGGAAGUGUGUAUUAACCUUUAAUAUUGCACCAAAGGAGAGGAAGAGUGUUUCACAAAGUAUAAGUGAACAAAGUGAGUGCGAGUAUCCCACCAGAUAUUAUGUAUAAAUUGCUGACUGACAGUGGCGUCCACAUAUGCUGUGAUAUUGAGACAAUGAGUUGAGAGAUGUUAAAAAAAUGAAAUCAAUAAAUUGUUCAACGACACCUAAA